UCUCUUUGUGCUCUGGGCUCUCUGUCGCCCCCUGCCGGUCUCCACCUCUCUCUGCGUGCUCUGGGCUCUCUGUCGCCCCCUGCCGGCCUCCGCCUCUCUAUGCGUGCUCCUCUAUUAUUUUCCACUCAGUUUCUCGCAGUUUAAAAUGGCGGCGUUGAGCAGCGCCGAGUCUCCACCGCCCGUCUUUAACGGAGACACCGCGGAGCGGGAGCCGGGCAGGGAGCGGGGCCUGGAGGAGCUGGGCGCCGGGCUGGAUGACUCCUGCACGGCGGGGAUCCCCGGGGGUCCGCAGGAUGAGGAGAUCUGGAACAUCAAACAGAUGAUCAAGCUGACGCAGGAACACUUAGAGGCUCUCCUGGACAAGUUUGGAGGAGAACACAACCCUCCCUCCAUAUAUCUGGAGGCAUACGAGGAGUACACCAGUAAACUGGACGCUCUGCAGCAGAGGGAGCAGCAGCUGCUGGAGGCCAUGGGGAACGGGACGGACUUCCUCUGCUCUCCGUCUCCCGUCCCCGCUCUGCUGGAGGUCAAGAUGGGGGGCUGCGGGGUAGGAGGGGGGGCACAGGCCUUCCCCUCGGCUCCCAACACUUUAGCCGUCCUGCAGACCCCAAUGGACGCCAGCAGGGCCAACCCUCGCUCGCCCCAGAAACCCAUCGUCAGGGUCUUCCUGCCCAACAAACAGAGGACAGUGGUACCGGCCCGCUGUGGGAUGACUGUGAGAGACUCGUUGAAGAAAGCUUUGAUGAUGCGAGGACUCAUCCCGGAGUGCUGUGCGGUCUACAGGAUACAGGACGGAGAGAAGAAGCCGAUUGGCUGGGACACAGACAUCUCCUGGCUGACGGGAGAGGAGCUGCAUGUGGAGGUGUUGGAGAAUGUGCCGCUCACCACACACAACUUUGUGAGGAAGACCUUCUUCACGCUGGCCUUCUGUGACUUCUGCAGAAAGCUGCUGUUCCAGGGUUUCCGCUGUCAGACCUGCGGGUACAAGUUCCACCAGCGCUGCAGCACUGAGGUUCCCCUCAUGUGUGUCAACUACGACCAGCUGGAUUUGUUGCUCGUGUCCAAGUUCUUUGAGCACCAUCCGUUCACCCAGGAGGAGGUCUCCUCUGAGGGAACCACACCUGUGUCCGAGGCCUGUCCAUCACUCCCCCCGUCUGACUCCACCGGGUCGAUAUGCCACACCACUGUGUCCCCGUCCAAGUCCAUACCCAUCCCACCCAGCUUCAGGCCCACCGAGGAGGACCACCGCAACCAGUUUGGCCAGCGAGACCGCUCGUCCUCCGCCCCGAAUGUCCAUAUCAACACCAUCGAGCCCGUCAACAUUGAUGACCUGAUUCGGGAUCAGGGCAUACCAAGAUCCGAUGGAGCCCCCCCGAACCACCCCGCCCGCUGCUUGAGGAAGCACCGAACACGGACCUCAAGCCCCCUCCUAUACUCCUACCCCAAUGACAUAGUGUUUGAUUUUGAGCCCGAGCCUGUUUUCCGAGGUUCAACCACAGGGCUGUCGGCCACGCCCCCUGCUUCCUUACCCGGCUCCCUGACCAACGUGAAGGUCCCCGUGAAGUCGCCAUGCCAACAGAGGGAGCGAAAGUCGUCGUCCUCGUCUGAGGACCGCAAUAAGAUGAAAACUCUGGGACGGAGGGACUCCAGUGACGACUGGGAGAUCCCAGAGGGUCAGAUCACUCUGGGUCAGAGGAUAGGAUCUGGAUCCUUUGGGACCGUCUUCAAGGGGAAGUGGCACGGUGACGUCGCAGUGAAGAUGUUGAAUGUCACCGCGCCUACACCUCAGCAGCUCCAGGCCUUCAAGAAUGAAGUGGGAGUCCUCAGGAAAACGCGUCACGUGAACAUCCUGCUAUUCAUGGGCUACACCACCAAGCCUCAGCUGGCCAUCGUGACGCAAUGGUGCGAGGGCUCGAGUCUGUACCACCACCUGCACAUCAUUGAGACCAAGUUCGAGAUGAUCAAACUGAUCGACAUCGCCCGGCAGACCGCGCAGGGCAUGGACUACCUGCACGCCAAAUCCAUCAUCCACAGAGACCUGAAGAGCAACAAUAUUUUCCUCCACGAGGAUCUGACGGUGAAGAUCGGGGACUUCGGUCUGGCCACAGUGAAGUCUCGCUGGAGCGGCUCUCACCAGUUCGAGCAGCUGUCCGGCUCCAUUCUGUGGAUGGCUCCAGAGGUGAUCCGGCUGCAGGAUAAGAACCCGUACAGCUUUCAGUCUGACGUUUACGCCUUCGGCAUUGUUCUGUACGAGCUGAUGUCCGGAGCUCUGCCGUACUCCAACAUCAACAACAGAGACCAGAUCAUCUUCAUGGUGGGUCGGGGUUACCUGUCUCCUGACCUCAGCAAAGUGCGCAGCAACUGUCCCAAAGCCAUGAAGAGGCUGAUGGCCGACUGUCUGAAGAAGAAGAGGGAGGAGAGACCUCUGUUUCCACAGAUCUUGGCGUCCAUUGAGCUGCUCGCUCGCUCUUUACCCAAAAUCCACCGCAGCGCCUCGGAGCCGUCGUUAAACCGAGCCGGCUUUCAGACCGAGGACUUCAGCCUGUACGCCUGCGCUUCACCCAAAACCCCCAUCCAGGCGGGGGGCUAUGGGGAGUUUUCAGCGUUUAAAUAAGAGCUGCAGAGUCCUUCAGUCCGUCCCUCUCCACCUCUCUACAGUCUCGUGUCCAUGUGGUGGAUUCAUCCAUUUCUGAACAAACUGAACAAACAAAGAAUGUGCUUUUUUUCUUCCUCUGUCCACCUGAAGGGGGCAGCGUCCCCAAGUCCUCCAACAAACGGGCGAACGGCCGCAGAGACAGACCAACCCCAAUCAGGACUAACGCCAAAACUAGACCUUUAAACGAGACAAAGGAAAACUAAAAGAUCCAAAAACAGAACAGUUUCAGGAGGAGACACCCGCCCGCUGAGGGAGGAGAGGAGGAGAGAGGAAGAGAGGAGGUCACGUCCUCUGCAGGGGCCGGGCUGCAGGAGGCACUUUGACCAGGUGUUAGCCGGAUCCUGAUCGGGAUGGUUGACCCUGAAGAAGACGAAGAGAUGAUGUAAUGUUCGUUUCUGGUGUUACAGGAUUAAGCUAGCAGCUGCUGCUCACACUGAGCUUCUUUUGUUCCGUUGCAGCUCAAGCCUUUUUGCUUUUUGUCUUCUCGGGCUGAGAGAACCCUGCAGACCUCAUCGUCCCUCUCGUGUUCCUCCCACUAACUUGAUUCUGAGACGGAGCAGCAGCUGAGCGCCGGAGCGUCUUUAACCCCUCGUGUGAAAGCUUCAGACGUGUUUUUGGAGCGGUGGAGAGCCGAUCCUCUGCGGGAGGAUGACAUGCUGAUUUAUGGAGUGAGAUGCUCUCCAGCAUUUACACCAAGCCGAGGAGAGGAGUGUGUACAGGACCUGCAGAUUCUCUUCAUCUCAGCGUGGUCACAUGGAGUGCAUGUUGUCAUGUUUCUUUUCCUUACUCUGGCUCACGUGGCUUUAAUAUUUGCACUCAGCUUCAAACAGGGACCUGACGGUGUCUGCAGACGUCCUGCUGAACGGACUCCACCUUUACUUUGUCCACGCACACCUGUACUCUUCAUUCCAGCGUGUGUUCAGGGUCCUAGGUGUUUAUUCCAGGUUGAUUUUGUUCUGCUCGAUGUUUGCCUUUUUUCUGUACAGGCAGGCCUGCAGAUAUUUACUUAUUUAUGUGAGAUUUUGUUCCUUUUAUGGAUUCUUGAUUUGAAGCUAUCAGUCUUUCUUUGGGACGCUUGUUUCAGUCUUUUUGACUCGUGUACUUGCACUUUGUGGAGACGGAUUGAAGCAAACAAGCAACUUGCCUUUUGUUUGAGUUUUUUACGGACGUUCGGAGCUGAUGAAUGAAUGAACGACUCUCGGCUCCUGACGAUGAGUGAACUGUGAAUAUUGACCUGAAGGCUUCAGGAGCGUCUGAUGGAGAGAGUCCAGCUGAAGCAUCCAUCCACACUCUGACAGCCUGAUUAUUCUCGUCUUCGUCAUCAUCAUCAUGUUCGUCUCUCCAUCAUCAUCAACCCUCAGCCUGUUUGUUAAGCUCUUUAGCACAGGUCAAAGGUCAGAGGUUAAAGAGCCUCCUGGUGUUACCUGAGGAAGAAAGUGACCCAUGAGUUAAUCUGUGGCCACAGAUUAUUAAUCCAGUCCAUGGGCAUGAAUACAUGAACCGUGGGCUCAGACUUUAAACUGGAACUGGUUUUUACACUGUGGGAAACUGUAUUGCCAAGUGGGCAGUGUUUCACACUUAGAGGGCGGGGGUUCACUCUCAGAGGGUGGGGUUUCACACUCAGAGGGCUGGGGUUUCAUAACACAAGGGCAGGGUUUCACACUCGGAGGGCGGGGUUUCAUAACACAAGGGUGGGGUUUCACACUCAGAGGGCGAGGUUUCACAACACAAGGGGGGGGUUUCAAACUCAGAGGGUGGGGUUUCAUAACACAAGGAUGGCGUUUCACACUCGGAGGGCGGGUUUCGUGGAUAUCUUUGACCGUGAGAACAGUUUGUUAAACUGAAAGUGUUUUUUUUAAACGGAGGGAAUUAUUUCCUUCACUUUGGGAAUAACCUCAUGAAUUGUUGGCACUUUCACGAUCUGUGUGAACGGUUUCUUUCGUUAGAGAACCAGGACUGCACCGUGUCUCUGGGUCUCGUCCUGGUUCAGGGAUUGAUUUGACAAAUUUGCAGCUUUUUCUCUUAUUUAUUUAUUAUGCUUUUCACUCCAUCACAAACCUUCAGUUUGAGGCUCAUUAGGAAUCAGGUGUUGGGAUUAAAAACUGCUCACAGAUUAAUAAACUGAGAGUUCAGGUUAAACGUGGUGACACCAGGAGGCGCCAGUCAGGUUGAGACUGUCCACCUUCAUAGAUGUCACAUAUCAGUGGGGCACAUGACCUUGUUCCUGUAAAGGAGGAUCAUAAAUCAUCCAGGUGAAGCUGACAUGUUUUUAAAAUGUUUGAGGAUUCAGGAAGCUGAGCAGAGACAACGAGACCAUGAGGAGAUCAGAAGGCAUUUCAUCCUCCUCAAUGCUUAAUCUGACUCGAAGCUCAAACGUGAGAUUAGCAGAUUAAAAACUGAUCAAUACUUGAUGCUGAAUUGAUUUAUUGAUUUUAAAUUAUCUUUCAGUCUUUGAAACUUUAACCUGGAGGAUUCAUCCUCACUCAGAAGUUCCACCCUCUUUACAUGCUCAGAUGUUUCAUGCAUAUCACACAAAACAUUCAUCUGUGGUUCAGGUCAGUCCAUUUGAGGGAAACUACCUGAACCUGAAUAAAGUUUAAACAUCAUUUUAACACUAACGUACUUUAAUCUGUUGAAUUCAGCUGACGAGGACGUGUCUGAUUUUGCUCUGCAGUCCUGCUCAGCUCACACAAAUAGGCGUUUAGUGACUCAGGUGUGAACUCGAGGGUGUUUACUCACAUGAUCCAGAGCUUGUGAUUGGUCCUCAACACUUCAAAUGUUCAGCUCGAGCUCUUUCACUUUCAUUUAUUUAAAAACUGUCGUAAACAUCAUCGGGACGUUUCUUUAUUUGUUUGUUUACUUCCGUUUGGUCUCAGACGGUUUGGAGGUGAAGAACGAUAAAUAUCAGGAUGAGAAGCGAGGGAGCAGACGUUGAGUGACGGUUGUUUUGUUAGCGAUAAUUUCUAAGCACUAAAAGCUUCACACGACCUUCAUCCUCCUCGACAGGCUCCAUCUUCAUCUUCAUCAGGUUGUUAACACUGGAGUCCUCAGAGCGCUGUAUUUAUCUCACUGAUCUUUAUGUUCUCACAUACGUCCUCCUCUUCAUCACUCACUCUGACUUUUAUCUUCUUUCUUCUCUAACAUUCCCUCCUCCUCUUCCUCCUCCUCUUCCUCCCUGCCUGCACCUUAAGCCCUCCUCCUCUUCCUCUCUCCCGACCAUGAAGAACUUUCCAGGUGUAGUUUUUGUUCCAGGUGUAAAUAUGUGUACAGAUGAAUCCUGUCAGUUUGCUCGGAGGCAUGGAGACUUCAAACGUAACAAAGAGCGAGACGAUGAAGAGGCGGAGAGGAAGACGAGGGUUUUGAUAGCAGAGACGAAGCGCGGAGUGUAAAAUAUUUAAGGCUGUAUCAUACGGAGAAAGAGCUUAAUGUAUUUGUUGUGAAUAUGAAAAACUGAUAUAUUAAAGAAGUGCAUGAAAACUGUA